GCUUACCUAAAAGAGUCGGUUCAAGGAGUCGACUCGUUCGCCAAUGACAUUUCAUUAUAAGUACAUUACAGUACUGAGUGCAAAGUAAACAGGAACUGAGAGGAGCCUCGCCGUGGAUGUGACCGCCCUGUCCUCAUAAAGCACACACACGGACCAUGGCGGCUGCUUUAUCUUCACAAGUAGCUCUGGUUAGAAAAUGUAACAGGCUGCUUUACUCUCUGAGGUCCCACUUCCACACCAGCAAUGGAUUGUCCUCCAAGGAGCAUUAUAAAGUCGUGGUGCUUGGAGGUGGCGCUGGAGGCAUUGCGAUGGGUGCCCGUAUGAAAAGGAAAGUUGGUGCAGAGCAUGUGGCUAUUGUGGAGCCCAGUGAGAUGCAUUAUUACCAGCCCAUGUGGACAUUAGUUGGGGCAGGGACUAAAACCGUUAGUGCGUCUGGACGUCCCACUGCCAGUGUGAUGCCCUCUGGAGUCAAAUGGGUCAAGUCCAGAGUCAUGAAGUUUGACCCUAAAAACAACACUGUCUUCACAGAGUCUGGGAAAGAAAUUUCCUAUGACUACCUGAUUGUAGCACUGGGCCUCAAGCUGCAGUAUGAGAAGAUUAAAGGACUUCCAGAAGGUUUUGAACAUCCAAAGAUUGGAUCAAAUUAUUCAGUGAAAACAGUAGAGAAGACAUGGAAAGCAUUACAGGACUUCAAGGCGGGAAAUGCUAUUUUUUCCUAUCCCAACACUCCUGUGAAGUGUGGAGGGGCUCCUCAGAAGAUCAUGUACCUUUCUGAUGCCUUCAUGAGAAAGACAGGAAAGCGGUCGAAAGCCAACAUCAUUUACAACACAUCGUUGCCUGUGUUGUUUGGAGUCCAGAAAUAUGCUGAUUCACUCUGGGAAAUUGUGAAAAGUCGUGACCUGCAUGUAAACCUCAGACAAAACCUCAUAGAGGUCCGAGCAGACAGGCAGGAAGCGAUAUUUGAGAACCUUGAUAAACCUGGAGAAACAAAGGUUUAUGAGUAUGAGAUGCUCCAUGUUACCCCUCCUAUGGGACCACCAGAGGUGCUUAAGGGCUCCUCGUUGGAGGAUGAAGGCGGCUGGCUUGAUAUAAAUAAAGGCACCCUUCAGCAUAACAAGUACACUAAUGUGUUUGGAAUUGGGGACUGCACCAAUCUACCAACUUCCAAAACCGCAGCUGCUGUAGCUGCACAAUCAGCUGUCCUUGAUAGGACCAUUACCAAAGUGAUGAAGAAGGACAAGCCUGAUAAAAAGUAUGAUGGCUACACCUCUUGCCCUUUGGUCACCAGCUACAAGACAGUCAUCUUGGCUGAGUUUGACUAUAACGGACAACCUCUGGAGACCUUCCCAGUAGAUCAGAGCAAAGAAAGCAGAAUCAUGUAUCAUAUGAAAGCUGAUAUAAUGCCCCAUCUGUACUGGUAUGGUCUUCUCAAGGGAGUUUGGGGAGGACCAGGACCAUACAGAAAAAUCAUGCACCUUGGGAUGAAAUAGAGGCUGCCAGAAAUCAGUCAGAGGAAAUAGGCACUGCUUAUAUUAACUCUUACCACUUUCUACACAACCUUUGUGUCAACAUUUUAACCUUCAAAUCUGUUAUACACAAUUGGGGUGAUUGUAUGUGAAAAAAAAAAAAAAAAGUAGGAACUUUUGUGCAAAUUACCCUUUUCUUAGAUGAAUUUUAGUUCAGGUAAAACAGGAUUCACAUUAUAAAUUUUAGACAUUUGGUUGAGUUUUUUUGGAAGACAGAAAUAGCAGAAUAACAUUGCUAGGGUUAGUUUAAUAAGGUUAGGUUAAUAAGUUAUUUUUUAAACCAAACAUACUCUAGAAACUGUACGCUAUAAGUGUUAGUUAUUUCUAGUCUUUUAGAUGAUGGUGUAACUAUUUCCAGUGUGAACAUUUAGCUGUAAAUAGUUUUUCAGCUAUGUUUUUUUAAGAAAUUGAGAUGAUUGGUACUUACUACCAACAUACCACAGUGCUGUUGAAUUCUCUAGUCUGGUUGCUCAGAAGGUGUUGAUUAAUUUUCUCAAGCUCUGAUUGUACAGAAGCUCUGAUUGUGGUGCUGGCUGUAAUUCGAAUCACAGGUUUAUGUGAAUGUGGUCGUUGUAAUAGGCUGUAUGAUGGUUUCUGUAGUAACACCUUAUACAGACUUGUAUGACAGAUGCGCCACAUAAACAAAUUAAAAAAACUUGUGUAAUAAUUGAAGAAGUUUUCUGUAAGAAGACUGUUCUUCAGCGUUUGUGGAAGGAGUCUCCAGUGGCAGGGCUCUGUAACAGUCAGACAUAAGGCUGUUCUUUUCAGUUCUCGAACAUGUGAAAACUCUUCAGGACAGGGUGCUUAGUGGUUUCUUGGUAACCUGCAAUUUUUUUUUAAUCUUAUUACUUUCAAAAGAAAUAAAAAAGAGGCCAGUGA